UUGAAACCCUUUUUGGGCCGUUCACUUACUCAGGGGAAUGAUCAGUGAUCACUCCUCCAUCCGCCGCCGCCAUCAUCGCCGGCGGUUUCAGCUCUUGAUCGUUGUCCAGAAGUUUUUAUAGUUGAAGAAUAGUGAAUUGAAGAAAGAUGGCAACUCAAGCUGCUGCUGCUGCUUCAUUCAAUGGAAACUUAAAGAAAGCAAUGGCAGGGAUAAAGCGUAUCAAUCUCGAUGGUCUCAGAUGGAGAGUAUUUGAUGCCAAAGGCCAGGUUCUUGGUAGAUUAGCAUCUCAAAUAUCAACCGUGCUUCAAGGCAAGGAUAAACCAACUUAUACUCCAAACCGUGAUGACGGGGAUAUGUGCAUUGUUCUCAAUGCUAAGGAUAUAUGUGUGACGGGAAGAAAGCUCACUGACAAAUUCUACCGUUGGCACACAGGGUAUAUCGGUCAUCUCAAGGAGAGGAGUCUGAAAGAUCAAAUGGUCAAAGACCCGACUGAGGUGAUCCGCAAGGCUGUUCUCCGUAUGCUUCCUAGGAACAAUCUGCGCGAUGAUAGGGAUCGGAAGCUGAGGAUAUUCGCAGGCAAUGAGCAUCCGUUCAUCGACAGGCCACUUGACCCGUCUGCGAUGCCUUCACGUAGAGCGAGAGAGAUGAGACCUCGAGCAAGACGGGUGAUGAUCCGUGCCCAGAAGAAGGCUGAGCAGUUAGAACAACAGGGAGGAGUCGAGGCGAAGAAAGGCAAGAAGAGGACUUCUUCUCAAGUAGCCGCCUAGAAGCAAAAAAUGCAGGCGCUGAUAAGCUUGCAAGGAAAUAUCAUGAAAAACGGCAAGCAUUCAGGACCUGGGAAUUGAAGACGGCACGGUGUUUGGAGGUGAAACCAGGUUUCUUUUGGGAAAAAUAAAAAUCUACUUCUCAAAAAUCAAGUCCUGAAUUCGAGAAAAAUAAAAAUCACCCGAAAUCCCAAAACCUCGAGAAAGGUGCAAUUAAUCCAAAAUUCUAAUAUUAGGAAAAGUAAAAUUAACUUUUGAGCGUAUGGAAAGCAUUUUUACUAAAAUUUUUAAAAACGUAUUUUUGUUUAAGAGGUUUACAUUUUUUAAAAGUUAAUUUUCUAAAUUAGUUAAACUAUUACCAUAAAAGCACCAGAUUUGUGGGUAUUUGUAUAAGCUUUUGGAUCAUAAGAAACAAAAAGUGGAUGCAUUUUUUUUCUC